AUGGCCACAGCAGAACUCCCAGCGUACCCCAGCUACAAUGACGUCUUGGGGUGUCAGGAAGCUUUAUUUGAAUGGGCUGAAAGCUUUGAUAGCAAGAAUUGGAAACGGCUAGACGAAUGUCUCGCCCCAACGCUUUAUGUCGACUAUCGCGAAGUUAUGGGCCCAGAUCACAUGGGUCCGGCUGCGAUCUGGGAGGCCAUGCCCAAGCAAGAGUUCAUCGACUUUAGUUCCAGUCCUGGGUUUCUUGGCAACCCACGCAUUCAGACCCAGCACUUUGUUGGUGGUUGCAUCAAGUGGAAGCAGACCGCCGAGGAAGACAUUGAAGCUCAUCAUCAGAUGCGCGUGGCACAUGCGAGAUACAAGGAUGAUGAAUGCAAGGAGGUCGAACACAAGGGUCAUGUCCACGGAUGGGCCUUCACGCGGUACAAGAAAGUCGGCGGAGUUUGGAAGUUGGCUGGCGUGGGCCCUGACCUGCGGUGGUAUGAAUUCAAUUAUGAGAAGAUCUUCGGGUAG